AUGAAAAAUUUAAUUAUUCAAUUAAUCGGUUUGCCUGAGGAAUUGCUUAUGAUGAUUUUCAAGAAACUAAGCAAUAUUCAAUUACUUUAUACUCUAUUUGGUAUUAAUAGAGAAUUAGAUAGAAUUCUAUCUGAUUCAAUAUUUACUAGAUAUUUAGUCUUAUUAGGGAAACAUUCAAAUGAUAUUAUUUAUCCAUUAGUAGAUACGGUACUUAAUCAAUUCUGUUUACAAAUAUUGCCUCAAAUCCGUUAUAAAAUCAAUUUUCUUACACUUGAAACAUCAUCUGUAGAAUGUAUUCUUCUUGCUGCUGAUUAUCCUAAUUUAUAUGGUCUUGGUCUUUACAAUAUUGACGAAAAGAAUGCUAAGCGUUUUUUUACUGAAAUAUUUUGUUAUAAUCAAUCAAUCGUGUCACUUCUUCGACGAAUGAUGAAUUUAAAAGAACUUGCUUUGUAUAUUUGUGUUGGUCAAAAAACAUGUCUAGAUGGAAAUUAUUUGAAAAAUGAUAUUAUUAAUUAUUUACCUCGAUUAAACAAAUUUACCUUCAACAUUCGUUCAUUUAUUUAUUACCUUGACCAAGCUGAUUUAUUAUCAAAUGAAUAUAUACAGGAUACACUCAAGGGUUUUGAUAAUAUUCAAAUUAUUUCUUGCGUUGAUUAUUUUCCAAAAGAAAGAGCUGGCCAAUGUCAUUUCUAUUCAUGUCCAUAUCAAUUAACAUAUUACGACAAUAUAACAAAUAAUUUUCCUGGUGGACUAUUUAAAUUUGUUCGCCAAGUAUCAUUAUUUGAUGAACUUCCUUUCGAACAUGAAUUUUUUAUUAGAAUUGCUCAUGCAUUUCCACUUCUUGAAAAAUUAUCUAUCGUUAAUCAAACACCACAAAAACAAAAAUUAAAUAAUAAUAACAAACAUUUAUCAAUCAUUGAAUAUCUUCAUCUAAAUAAAUUAAGUUUCAUCGAUACUCAUGAUGAUUACGUCGAACAAUUCCUAGUUGAUACCAAUACAUGUUUAUCGAAGAAUAUUAGACUUUUCAUCGAUUAUGACUCUUUGAAAAGAGUGACGAAUAAUUUUACACGAAUUGCAACGCGAGUUAAUUGUUCCAAAAUUAAUUGUUUGCGUAUCUUCAAUCGAUUUCAAAUAUCGAAACGUUUAACCAACUAUUUUCCUAAUGCAAAAAUAUUGACUUAA